GAUCAGUUCACACAGUCAAAAUGGUUCUGCGAAUACGUCUGGCUCGUUUCGGCAAGACAAAUGAUCCUUUUUAUAACAUCGUCGUCGCGCAUGCGAGGACCGCUCGCAACUCGAAGCCGCUCGAGGUGUUGGGCACGUAUAACCCGGUAGCAAUAAGACCUAUAGAUCCGACGCAGAAGCCCUACAAAGAUAUCAAGUUGGAUAUAUCGAGGGCGAAAUACUGGAUUGGUGUUGGUGCGCAACCAAGUGAUACUGCGUGGAGACUGCUGAGCAUGGUUGGCAUCCUUCCACCGCAAUUUCGCAAACAAAAGUGGCGUGAACAAGCCGCAGAAGCCGACGCACGCUUGCAGAGAGAUCAAACGUCGAAAGACAUAAAUUCAAUGAGUGACAAGGAGCUUGCCGCGAAGUUUACGGGUGAUAAUGCACCGUCAUAAAACUCCUACAAGUGCACUCCGCUCGUGUCAUAUACUGUCUGCACGGUUGCAUGUACUCGGCGUUUACGCAAUACGAAAUCAUCUUUGACACAAUUGCAUGUACGAUACCAAGAGGAAUUGAAAUAUAUGGAGAGGAAUCCUAUUCUCGUGCAGAAUACGGGAACUAUUGAUUGUUAGAAGCUUGUGUCGGUAUAGUUCCGGUGAUUUUCUCAAACUUUUCCAUCACAAAUUUCCAAAGCUUGUCUCUUGUGCCGUCCUCCCGGUAUUGUUUGAGCAGCUUAACAAUCUUAGGCCCAGCGCUCUCGUCUUUUGCAUCAACAGAAU